AUGGGUGCGACGGACUGGUUCACUCAUCGUGGGAGCGCGGCGACCGCCGGGCGAGAGACGUCGCGGGCCAUUGAGGACGGACCGAAGCGCGUCGCGAGUCGCUUUGGCCGCAUGCGGCUCCACGGAUCCGCUAUGCUCAACGCCAAAGGGCUCUUGCAGCAGACAGUCGUCAAGAAGCUGUACCCGAUCGUGCAGCUCCGUCUGCUGCCAGUGCGGUGCACGUCGCCAUUCAGACACGACCGUGUACCGCUAUGGAGUACUGCAGCGACGGCUACUAAGGCUGCAGCUAAUGCUACUGCUACUGCUGUUGGCUCACGGGAGACGACGUGGAAGCACGUGGAGCCAGAGACAGAGCCGGUUUGUGCGGUGAAAGCCUCGUGGUUCAACUCGGAGGCGUGCGAGCGGUUUGCGGAGCAGGUCGAGUGCCUCGUGCGGGACCAGAGCAGUACGUUCGAGAUGACGAGUGACGGCUGUGGCGGCGUGUACUACUUGACGACCGACGGGACGCCCAAAGCGACUCCAAUGGGUGUGUUCAAGCCGAGAGAUGAAGAGUACAUGGCGCCGAAGAACCCGAGAGGAUACGUGAAGGACAAUGCGGUCGUCGGCGUGACGGAACACCCGGUGAACAAGGGCUUUCGCAUUGGCAAUGGCGCUCUGCGCGAACGUGCGGCCUAUUUGCUGGACGACGCGUAUGGCAAUUUUAGUGGUGUACCUGUGACGAAUUUGAUGGUGUUGAGUGUGGGUGGAGAAGCAAAGGAGGGAUCGAUGCAGCAGUUUGUAGCCUCGCAGUGCUCAGCGGAAGACAUUGGCACGCUGAAGUUUGCGAUCCCCGAGGUGCACAAGAUUGGCAUUCUCGACGUGCGUCUUUUUAACACGGACCGCCAUGCUGGCAACAUUUUGCUGCAAGCGCGGGCCCACGACCAGACAUUUGGCAUGGUCCCGAUCGACCACGGCUUUUGUUUGCCGUCGUACAAGCACUUGGACGGCGCGACGUUUGACUGGCUGCAGUGGCCGCAAGCCGAGUUUCCGUUUACGUGUGCUGAGCUCGAGCACAUUGCGUCGCUCAUCGAAGAGCGCGACGCGGCCGUGCUGCGUGCUGUUGGAAUCGAGGAGGAGUGUGUGACGACGAUGCGUGUGUGCACGGCGGUGCUGAAGCGUGGGGCAGAGGCUGGGUUUUCGUUGUUCGAGAUUGGCAGUCUGUUGCAACGCGACGGGGACUUUUCGUCGCCGUCGCAGCUGGAGCUGGUCGUUGCCAAGGCGGUGACGCGUGUAGAGGAGGACAUGGGCUUGAGCGCGGACAAGGACGGUAUUGUUUUUUUCGAUGCCGUCGUAGCUGCAUCCACGUGCCAAGCCGAGAGUAUGUUUGAGGGCCAGACGAAGAAGAAGGUGCGCAGCAUCAGCUGCUUCAGUUAG